AUGCGUCUCUUCCUCGUCCGUCACGGUGAAUCCGUCGACAAUGUUGCUGGGCUCUACGCAGGAUCGCGUGAUUCACCGCUGACGUCGCAUGGCGUGCUCCAGGCCAAGCGCCUCGGCUCCCACCUGGCAGGCCGUGUCGACUCGAUCGGUCCCGUCACGCACGUCUUCUCCUCAGACCUGCAGCGCGCGUCUAUGACAGCUCAGGCCGUUUUAGAUGCACAGAAGGAGCUGGCUUCUGCUGCACGAGUCCCGGAGACUGUCGUCAGGCUAGCGGAACUCCGCGAGCGUGACUUCCGCUCCUCUGAGGGCACAAAGUUCGGAGUCAGGGUCGAUACUGGUGCUGGCGGAAGCAGACAUGCGGAUGCCGAAACGUCAGACGAGAUGCAGGUCCGGAUCCAUCGGUUCCUAUCGGAACACCUUGUGCCUGUCCUGGAACAGACUCCCUCCGACGUGACGGGUGAGAGAUCUGUCGUCGUCGUGGCUCACGGCAUCAUCCUCAAUGUCCUGCUCAGGGCUCUGUUGUCGAGGUUUUCUCCGUUGGAACUACUCAAGUUGUCGGACCCCAAAGGUACGGGUACUUCUGUGAGGACAGAGUACCUGGCAUCUUGGAGCAACACGGGGUAUCUUGAGGCCAGCAUUCAGCAGCCAGUCCCGAUUGAGGAUCUCCCCUUCACCGCCUCGGACGUUGGUGGCUUUGUGCCUCUCCCCGACAGCAAUCCUUCUGAUUGCCAGAUCAGGACGAAGCUAAGAUUGACCGUCGGAAAGGUCAACUGUCUCGAACACAUCCAAGGGUUGAAGAAGACCCGCGGUGGGAUUGGCAGUGCCAAAUUUGAUGGCAAACAGAAAACGAUGGAUUCUUUCUUUGCCUCUGCCUCGAAAAAGCGGAAGCCGGAUGAUGAUACUAGAUGA